AUGACUAUCGCUAAUGGUUCUCGAGUUUGGUUCUGGGAUACUCAUGGCGGUGUAAAGCAUGCCACUGUGCUGAGUCUCGGCGUACAAGCCGACGGCACGCGCAUUGCUCUAAUUAGACCAGACGGUGAGGCCCAAACCGUAACUCUGCCGGUUGAGUCACUCACGCUCCUUGCGUAA